UUUCUGAUAAAAAAAGGACAGAGAGCUGACAUUAAAAAAUCCAGCUUCAUCACUCAACUUAACUCUAUGCCCAAGAACUAAUGCCAAAUGUUUUCAUAAGCUGCAGUGCAUUGAAAGAUCAUGUAGCAACUGUGGUGUGGAUUUAAUUAACAAGUAUUGAGCCUUUAAAAAAUUGCACGGAUGAUUUAGCAGAGUGGAGUAUAGUAUAUGGUCAAAGAUGACGGAUGAGUAUGUUCAGAGUGAUGGUACACUGCGAAAGGUAACAAAGUGGCGACCAGUAAAUAAAGAAGGAUCUUUCAAUGACACUAUUGCUUACAGAAAUAGAAGCUGUUUCUGCUUUCCAUGCAGAAAUUCAUAUGGCAGUCAGUGCCUGCAUGAUGAAAUAUGUGGAUCCUGGAAGGUGUUCAAACUUCAGAAACAAAAUGUAGUGCAAUCUCAGUCAAAUCUUGAAGACUCUUUGGAUGUCAGUCCCAUAUGCUCAAAUUCAAAGGCCCAAACAAAUUCCUUCACUAAUCAAAAGUACAUUGUAAAUAGCUGUGUGAUUGUCAAGUAUGGGGAAAUAUUCUCUCCAGAAUUAAAUACAGUGAUAAUGGCAACUGCUGGUAAUGACAAGGAAGUAACAAAAUUGUCAAAAGGAUUACUUGACCCUAAAGAAUUCCAAGAAGUUAUUGGCUCUAUCCAAAAUCCACAAAACGAACAAGAAAGAAAAAAAAUUCGUGAAAAUUACAGGAUAUUUCAAGAUGAACUUCAAGAUCAGAGAAAUGAGCUUAUUAAUCCUUCGAAUGAAAAUGACCUUUUGACAGAAAAAGUGAUCAAAGUAGACCAGAUGUUUAAAGAUGUUCAGAUGACUAGAGAAGGUGCUCUUGAUUCUGCAAGCCUGGUCAAUUUAUCAAACUUAGGAAAAACUAAAGCUCAAGCCUUAAAAACAAACUUCUUAACAUUCAAUCCAGCAGACUUUUGUGAAAAAGUGAAAACGUUAAUUGCUGGAUCAGUUUCUACUGGAUUUUCAAAUGUAAAUUGGAUAACUCUAGGGAAAGCAGUGAUGCCUUUCUUUAGAAAAACACCUGUCCUUAGAUAUAUGUGUGGUACUUUUGACAAAGGUGAAGUGACAUUAAAACAGUCUCGUAGAGCAGCUAGAGAAAAAGAGAAGGAGACAGACAAUGCUGAGAAAGCCUCCAGACCCACUCAAUUGUCUUCGUUUGCUGAGACAGAUAGAGGGGAGCUAACUACUGUUCAGGUUGAACACCUCUUAAAUACAUUGUGGAAGGUGUAUGAACAAAAUGAUAAGAGUCCUGUGUGCUAUUUUGAAUUCAUCACCAAUCCAUUUUCAUUUGGUCUGACAGUUGAAAAUAUGUUCUAUGUCUCAUUUCUUGUAAGGGAUGGUCAUGCUAGAAUAUUUCUAGAUGGAGAAGAUUUACCUGUGAUAGAGCCCAUUCAGAGGGACAAACAGGCUGCAAAUAAACCUUCUAAUCACAAGUCUCAGCUGAUUGUCUCCAUUACACCCUUGGAAUGGGAGCAAAUUGUGAAAACCUUUAAUAUUGAAGAACCAGUCAUAAAGAAUAUAAGAGAGGAUCAAAUCAAAGAACAAUACAAUGCAGAAGCAUCUAUUCAGGCUGACAGACCAAGUUAUAUAGGCAAGGGCAAAGGGAAAGCUACAAAGACAUGAAACAGUUGCUUUCAGACUUUAACUCAACUCCAGUUGAUGAGGAAAACUUACAGAUAUUGAAAUGUACUGUUUGAAAAAAAGUAAAUCCCAAAGAAUGGCUGAAAUAUCAAUUGAAGUAAUCAUUCAUAUUAUAGGUAGGGAGGUGGAGUAGCAGAACAAAAUGUCUACUAUUUCAAAUACACAGCUCAAUGAUCAUUGUUAUAAUGGGUUAUAACAUUCCCCACAUUUCAUUUUUAUGUAUCUAAUGCAUUUAAAGAGGAUUUAAAAAAUUUCUUGCAUUUGUAAAGGUAAACUAGUUAUGAAUUUAUAGAUAAAAUAUGAAAGACUGUAUUUCAUAAUUUUUAUAUAAAAUGUUUUAAACAUUGAAAAGAUUGAUUUAUGGAAUAACAAUAUAAACUAUUAUUCGUUUGAAACAUCUAAUACAUUUUGGAUGACUUCCCUUGCUGUAGUGCUUAAACUCUACUGCUGUUGUUGGUGGUAUGAAAGUUGAUGAUUUGUUUAGACCAUUUUCUGUUCAUACAUUUCUCUGUAAAUAUUGUUACAUUAUAAUACAUAGUACAUGCUGUUUAAUUUAUUUUCUUAUGUUAAAUAUUGAAAAUACAAUUUUUAAACAUAA